AUGCCGGGACCUCCAAGCAUCGCGAGCAGUGACUCGAGCGGUGGCGGCGCCCCGCUGCGUCCUCCUUCUGCGUCUAGCACUGACGAUGACUUCAUGGGUAACGAGUCUCUGUCUCAGGACGCGACCAUAUCGCCAAAGGAAGGUGAAUCUGCUCAGACUGACCCCAGCAAAGAGGAACUUCCCUUCAUGACGGCUUCGAACCAUUGGAGCUUUCUGCCUCAGUACCACGGUACCACUUCGCAGCAGGACAGCCUUCGACGGACACCUCUAUUCCCCAUUCAGAGCCCCCUUGAAGGCGCAUUCCCUCCCAGGGAGAAUCUGUUUGCCCCCCUUGAACAGGACUUGAAAAUCCCUCGACCCGUGCCGGCAGCGAUGGACCCUGUGACGCCUCAGCGGGCAUACGUACAGCAGGCUUUUGCCCAGCAGCGCAACCUCGCCGCGCCACAGCAGCAGCCUACUACAGACGAUGAGGCAGCCCUUCUACAGGCUUCUCGCUCGUUUGGAAACUCUGAAAGCUCUCAGAGACCCAAGGUUACGUUCUCAUUCCCCCUUGUUUCUGAUGCUCAUCAUCCGAACGUCCGCCCUGGUCCCGACAGCGACUCUCAGCACGCUGGUCGUGGCAACCAGACCCAAGCCCAUCUUCUGAACACUCAGACACCAUUUCGGGCCAUGGACCAGUUUGAGCAUCACUUACUGCAGCUGCAACAGCUAGGCUCCCAGCCGCAGGCUUACUCGCUACAGAACUUGAGCCAUGGCCAGGGUCAUCAGCUCAAUCAGAUUCCUGGUAACCAAGCUAUGGGUACUCAGCCAGUGACCAUGAGUCAGAUGCCCAAUCAUCAAGCGGACCAGAACGUGUAUCCUCCCCCUAGCGGCGGACUUCCAGCCUGGCAGUCUGGACAGAUGGCUUCUGCAAUUGGCGAUCAGAGAGUCGGAAACAUUGAUAGUCGUCUUCGACUUCUGAACCAGAACGUCACCAUGACUGUUGGCCUCCACAGUGACCUUGGCAUCAACUGUCAGAACACCACUCACGACAUCAGUAACAUGAUCGCUAACACGGUUCACGACCUCACUCGUGAGCGUGACUCUGCCCGACAGUUGCAGGCUGAAGAAGCGAGUCGCUGCAGGAAGCACACCUUGGAGUCAGGCCAAGCGUGGGAUCGCGAACGUACAAAGCUCAACCGCGAGCUCUCAGCAGCUACUGAGAACGCAAAGUUCUGGAAAGAGCAGACCGUCCGUCUCAAGACACAACUACGUAGCUCCCAGGAAGAGGUUUCAACCAUGGCUGUUGACCAUCAGCGCUUCAGAGAGCACCACACCCUCCUCCUUCGAGCUUACAAGAACCAGGACGAGGCCAACCACACCAAGAUCCAGGGUCUGGAGGCCCAGAUUGUCGGGCUUCAGGCAAAACAGAGUGCCGCCGGAAGCUCUCGUGGUGAGGCCAGCGCUGCUACGCCCCAGGCAGAGCCCAACAGCAUGGCUCUGGUUCGGUUGUCAGAUGUCAACCGCACUUCUGCUUCCUACAGCACGAUGCCCUCUCCUGCUCGGAGCAUCCCUGAGGCCCGUGGUCGAGCAGAGUCCAUCAACACCGGUGAUGCUACAGAUGUCAACGUGAACUUCAACCCUGAAGCCCCUACUUGGCAGCCGGCGGCCAAUGGCAAGACAGACUCUACUACUGACAACCCGCCUCCCCGCGCUCCGCGUGUCAUGAGACUAACGGCUGCGGCCGCAUCUGCUGCAGCUCGUCACCUGCGUAGGGCCGAGGCCAAGGAGUCCUCCAGCCAAGCUUCGACUUCUGCAUCUGCAUCUGCUUCCAACGACACUGAGCAGGCUCUUGUACCCCUGUCCACCACCACGCGUACGGCUCAGGGCAUCGGCCACUUCCAAGAUACUUCUCUCCUUGAUGCUCGUUACGCUGAAGCCUUUGGAGACUUCCGACCUGUCACUGCCAAGUCCGAAGCUAACGGUCAGAAGGUGAUUACCUUUCCCCCGGCCCUUUCCAAGAAUCUUGUCGAGCAGCUCUGGGCUCAGGCCCGCCUCAAGUCCUCCUGGGGCCACAACGACCUGAAGGCCGCCCUCGAGCACAUCUACGAGGUCAUCAAGGGCUACGUGGUCCGCUGCCACGACGAUGAGCCUUUUGUGGUUUCCGACACCAACUUGGUGCUUGAUGACCCUCAUGUAUGGGAGUACAUGACUAAGCUGGCCAUCAUUGACAACCAGCAUGGCUCCACACACAUGACGUAUCUCUUGAAUGAGCCUCACUACCGCCCCUAUGUCGUCCAGCGCAUGAUUGUGGACUACAUCUUCAAGAAGAUGUUCAGCCCUUCCAUCUUCCUGGGCUACUCUGCCGACAUGGACGGUCAUCUAGCUGCUCUUCACCACCAGAUUGUCUCCAUGGGAUCGUUGAAAUUGAGCUGCAACGACGCCAAGGCUCGUACCCGUCAGAAGGUCAUGGAGGACCACGCGAAGCUUGCCCGAACCAUCCUCGGACAGCCAGAUGCCGCCACCUUCCGCCGUGCCGUUGUCGACAAGCACGCCUACCUGCUGCUCAACCUGGUCAAGUCCAUGCGCUGCCAGAAGGUCGAGGAGAGAGAGUGCCUGCGGCUCAUCAAGGAGACCGCCACCAAGACAUGGAUCAGCGGUAUGACUGUCCACUACUACUUCCCCGACUGCGGCACCAAGUUCCAAUACCCCGGAAUGGAAGCCCUCAAUGCUCGCCAGGUCGGCCGCAACGCGCACCAGCUCCAGGCCGCGCAGUCCCGCAUCGCCUUUGUGGUCACUCCGACUGUGACCCUCCGCGACGAGCGCGAGAAGGGCAGUCUCAAGACAUACGGCAUCCGCAAGGCUGAGAUUCUCAUCAUGAAAUAA